GCAGCAAAGAGACCAACAGCACUGAGCAAUGCAGAGCCCACCAAGAUAAGGGACAGAAAAAAAAGUGCUGGGAAGACGAGAGCAAAGCUCAGAGAGAGACUGACAAGGGGAGAGAACACAACAGAGAUGACUCGGACGGACAAAGCCAAGCCGUGGCCACCCUGUAACCGGAACUGCUGCCCCGUCUCAAAGAACAUCAAGAGGUGUGCAUGAGAAUAAAUGCUGUGAGAUCUGGAUCAGGAAAGCAGUGGGAACACAAACUCCUGCAGAGGCUCACACUGCUCAGUGCAGGGGUCAACGGCACUAAUGUCUACUGGAUCCAGAAGUUUCUUUGUCUACAGAUGAACUGACCGCAACUUUAAUUGACCCAUUGGAUUAAUGUGUUCAGAGAUCACAAUCAUUUGGUCUGUUCGACCACAAAGAACCCCACAGGGCAUCAAAUAGAAAGCUGCAGAUGUUUUUUUUCCCAUGGCGAGAAUUUGGAUCUUUCCACCGAGAACCAUCUGCACUUCCAGGACUUUGCUCUUGUUGUUUUCCAUCCUACUGACCCAGGGGCUCUGCGGCCAGAGCAGCCCAAUCUCCAACAUCCAUCAGAGGUAUCGCCCCGCUCCGGGGCUGGGAGACGGGCAUGGAGGGGCGGCGGAUCCUUCACUGCCGGAGCAGGACAUGAACAUGCAGAGCUUGUUGGAGAGCCUGAAGGAACAGUUUCUGCAGACUUUCAACCUGUCGGGCUUGGUUCCCCCUCCGCCGCCUCAUGGAGGCUCGCCAGAAGAACCACCUGAGUACAUGAUGGAGCUUUACAACCGCUUCGCUAAUGACCGUACGGCCAUGCCCACCGCCACCAUCAUCCGCAGCUUCAAAAAUGAAGAUUCUUCUCCCAGUGUCGUGGGUGUUGGAGGAGUAAGGCGUCACCCCCUCCUCUUCAAUGUGUCCGUCCCCCACCAUGAACGCAUCACAGCGGCCGAGCUUCGCCUCUACACACUCGUCCAGAACGACCGCCACCUCUAUGCCGGUGUCGACCGCAAGGUCACCAUCUACGAACUGGAACUGUACGUCGGAGAGGACAACGUGACCGAUGGGAACGCCGUGAGAGGCGACGGAUUCAGAAGUGGGGGAGAGCGGAGAGAGCUGCUGGAAUUGGCUUCACGCCAGGUCUACGGCACCGACAGCGGCUGGGAGGCCUUUGACCUCACUGCUGCUGUUCGACGCUGGCGCAAAUCUGACCGUGGCACCACGCACCGGUUGGAAGUGCACGUUGCCAGCGUGGCUAAUGACAACGACAUCCAAGGCACGGCGGAGGACAACAAAGACCCAGCUGAAGGAGACAUGAAGAUCGACACCAGCCCAGAGGAGAAACACAAACCUCUCCUGAUUGUUUUCUCUGACGACCAGAGCAGUGAUCACCGCGACGACAAGCGCGAGCUCAACGAGAUGAUCGACCACGAAACCUCCAACGUGCUUCUCCACAAUGACUUGGGGAUGGGCCUCAAUGGGCUGUGGGGAGAACAGGGGAGGGACGGAGAGGAGAUGGACAAAGAGGCAGAGCCAGACGAAGAGGACCUCAUCCAAAUGCGCUCCAACCUGAUCUACGACACAGCGUCCCGCAUCCGCCGCAAUGCCAAGGGGAACCACUGCAAGAAGCAAUCGCUGUACGUGGAGUUCAAGGAUAUUGGGUGGGACAGUUGGAUCCUGGCACCCGCCGGUUACGACGCCUUUGAGUGCACCGGCAUGUGUUCCUUCCCGCUGACGAAGCAUGUCACACCCACCAAGCACGCCAUUGUCCAGACAUUGAUCAACAUCAACAGUCCCCAGAAGGCGGCGCGAGCUUGCUGCGUGCCCACCAAGCUGGACCCCAUCUCCCUGCUGUACUUGGAUGACACGGGUGUGGUCACCUACAAGUACAAGUUUGAAGGCAUGGUGGUGGCAGAGUGCGGCUGCAGAUAGUCCAUGUUUUGAGAUGGUUUAUCUCUUUGUAAAGUCUUAGAAUGGAAAGACAGAUAAAGCGUGUGCUCCAAACGGCGAUCAUUCAGACAGUGUGCUUUAACAGUCAAAAACAGUGACGCCAAGGUGCGUCCUCAAACCCACAAGAAAGAAAUGGCACAAUACUUCCCCGAGGACACAAACCGAGCUCAUGCUACAGAGUGUGCAGGCUGGUGGGAACCAGCGGGCCGGCUAUCCCCCUCCCUCUCCUUCCCCCUGACAUCUGUCUUCCUCUCUACUUAUCUCUGGCUUCCCCACUUGAUGCAAACACUAAUCAGCACUUCAUGUGUGCUGGCGCAGUGAAAUGACCCCCCCCCCCCCCCGAGAGGCAACCUGACAAGACAUGAACUCUCCGGGCCCACCUCCUGCCUCCUGCGGCCUCCUGAUACGUUGGCGCUGAGCACGGUCCGGCGUAGCGGGGGUUAUCUUUUCCAAUACCGUUUCCAACUUCACAUGCCUCUUUCCCACUGCCCCUAGCUACAGCGAUAAGCAAGGUGUGGGGGGUUGAGAAACAUGUAUGUCACCACUCAGGGCUCGGAGAGCAGGACGGCAUUCAGUGGAAUUUCUUUUUAAGGCGCUGGGAUGGGGGAGUGGGACAGGACAAGGGGGCAGGGGUUGUCCACAUUCCGAGGCGGCAAACAAUCUCAACUAGCUCAUCCUAGUGACCCGGCACCAUGGGUCCCUGACAUCUCUGCAGCUCCUCAGUUCAGUCAUCCAUCACUUUUAUUGUAAAAAUGGCCUUUUGGGACUGCUGUCAUCUGAUGGGUUGAAAAGAGGGGCGCUUUGUCACAAGAAACACAGCUACAAUUUGUUUGUUAAAGGCUUUUUGAUACCUCUGCUGCUUAUGUCAAAUGAAAGACUAUUUAUUGUUCUAAUUUAUUGAUUUUUACAACAGAGUAGAUAAUUAUAUAUAUAUAUAUGUGUAUGUAUAUUGGUAAGUUGUUUGAUGUAGAGUAGGUUUUGUAUCUGCGACGUUGCAUUUGCGGCACAAAAUGAGUUCUGUUGGGAAGAGAAAUGGUCAUUUCUAGAACAAUAAAUUACUCUACAAACUCUA